AAAAAAAAGAGAUGAUGAUAGCUAUGGAAGGGAAAAGGGAGGGGAUUUAUAGAUAUUAUAUAAACAUGUUGGAAGAAGGCAUUUCCUUCCUGUUGCGUUUUAUAGACGAGCAUUUGACGAUUGAAUAGAUACAUACAAAAACAAGGUUCUGAACCAUGCACUCCCGUCUCGUCGCCCUCGUUGCCCUUUUGCCAGUCCUGGCUGUACAAGCUCACCCCCAAUACGGGUACGGAGUGUACGCAAAUUCCGCUGCCUUGUCGGACGAGUAUAAAGUCCCUGCUGGAACAGAGACGACUUCUCUCCCUACGGCAACAGAAUCGAGUUCCCCCGCGUCUACAACAACCGCUGAUAUUGUUGUGUUGUCGCCUCCUUCUUCCACUGCAGCUGAGAUGCCUCCUUAUGCUACCCAGGCUGCUUCAUCGUAUCCUUCCUCUUCUAAGGAAGAAGAAGACUGUGAGGAUGGAGAAGAAGAAGGUGCGGAUGACGAGUAUGAUUGUGAAGAAGAGGGUGCAAACACGGCGGGACCCAUCCAAGUUGGAACAGCUACCGUCUCGCCUGAGAAGCAAUCCACCUCCACAGAAUCGCCAGUACCUGAGAGCGGUAUCUACUCUGGUGCCGAGAGCAAGGGAACUGGCAUGGCCAUCUCAGUUGGUGCAAGUUUGGUGGGAUUGUGGGUAGUUUUGGCCUAGAAUCUUGGGCUUCAGAGCCUCCCUUGCAUAGAUAGACUGUAGUAUUUUCUUUGUAAACAUUUCUAGAUUGGAUCAGGUUGAUGUACUUUGUCAAAUAAUAAAAAAAAAGUAAUUAUUUAGUUGCAUAAAAGGACGUAGCUCAAAGAUAAU